GAAACAUCCUUCCAUCAACAACUCCACCUCCCCCGAUACCCCCUAUGUUCUAGUCUGGAUACAGCAGCCAAAUACAGUAUCCAACAACCAACCUCUCCCCAUGGCAACACCCACACCCCAAUCAAUUAUGGAUCCAAGUCUGUUAUCCGCAUCUGACAUCACUGUUGUUCAAGCUCCCGAUCUCAGUACCAUAUCCACAUCAGACAUAUCCACAUUGGAUAUCACUAUUGUUCCAGCUCGACAACCCCCCAAGAGGCCAUCCAAACCACAAGGCAAGAAGGCCGCCAUGACCAACCCUGAUACUGCGGCCAAUCAAACCUCCAAUAGUGCUACCAAUACCGCUUCCAAGACUUCCAACACAACCUUGUGUAACUCUUGGCUCGAGAUCAGCGAGGAUCCCAAGAAAGGCACCAACCAGACCUUUAACGCUUUCUGGGAGGCCAUCGCAAGGCACUACGCAACUCAAAUUCCCAACGCCCCGCGAACAGCCAAAAGCAUCAAGAAUCACUGGAGUGACAAGAUUCAGAAGGAAGUGAACCAAUUUGUCAGUUGUGUUAAUCAAGUUCAACAGGCGAAUCCCAGCGGGACAAAUUCGGCCAACCGACUCACCAUGGCAAUGUCGAUGUAUUCAAAAUUAUAUGAAAAGCCCUUCACUAUGCUCGGUUGCUAUGAGAUUCUCAUCACAUCACCGAAAUGGAACGACUACUCACGUGGCCUUGCCAAAAAAAGAGAAUCAACGUCUUCAGCUGCAAACAAACGCAAGGCGCCCGACAGCUCUUCAACCAACAUACCCAGCACCAAUUCUACAGCUACAGAUGUUUCAAACGGUGGUCCAGGGGGGGAUUCUUCUAGCGAUGAAACUUGCGGCCCUCCAACUCGCCCGAUCGGCCGUAAACGGGCUAAAUGCGACCAAGCGACCAAAUUAGCAGCCAAAAAAACCCAGGAGAGCCUGAAGAAGAUGGCUCAGGCUCACUCUGACAUCGCGGAAGUUGCGAAGAAGCAAAGUGGCUUCCUGGACGCUCAACAGGCCGCGAUGAAUCGAUUGGUCGAUGAGGCGAUUAUGUGCAAGGACCUCUCUGGAGCAAGCAAGAUGAUGAAGAGGUAUUACACAAUUCAGCAAUCAAAAAUCAUGGCGAGAUUGGAGUUGGAGCAAUCUGCUUCAACCGAUUCGACUAGCAUUCAAGCUCCAUUGACCACCAACACUUCUAGCAUGCCAGCUGAAACAAAUACCGUAGUUGAAUGA